AUACUUCUUUCUCUGGCUUAAAUUUGCUUAACCAUACCUUCUUACAUCUACUUUAUAAGCGCAACUAUGUCUCUCCUUGCAUUCCUUUACCUUCCUUACUCCCCUUUUUUUUCAUUUCACGAUGACUUGUGAAACGGUUCUUUACAUACCUCUACUCUUUUUUUUUUUUUUUUUUUUUGCGAAUAACAAUUCGUACUUACAGCUACUCUACGGCCAGCUGGGCAUCAAAAACUGGUUCAUAUACAUAUUUUUUUAAUCUUGCAACGCUGCUGCUGGUUUUUUCCUUUCAUGUGUGAGGACCGAUCGCGGAAUACAUUCAUUUAUUUUAUUUUUCUGGGGAGGUUUUUGGUUUCCAGCCACCUUUGAUUCCAUAACCGAGCUGAUUAGCAUAACAUCGUUGAAACGACGUCGCGUGGGAGCCAAGUUUGUACAUGGACUGGCAGCGCUUUUCUGGGUUGAUUAGUCUCUGCUGCGAUGAUCUCGGGUCAGAUCCUCCGCAAUACCCACCUUUGAACGAAUGCGCCGAGCUCUUUCGACAACUUUUGAAUGCGCUAAGAGAAUGCGCGUCCGUGGACGAAUGCGCAAACCAAUACCCGCAGGCAGGCACGCUGUUAACACGCGCGUCGCUCAGUCCUGUCCUAAGUACAGAUGAAACGAAUAGUAAACUCAUCCUUCAAUGCUUGAUGGAGUAUACGAAAAUAUGGCAGGCGCGUCAUGCCCCUCUAGGUCAACAGGAUGCCUCUAAACGAUGGUGCCUGACCCGUAUGCGACGAUUGAUGUACGGCCCAUCCCCUGCAGACUUGGAUAUUGACGGUCUGAUCCACAAAGUUUAUUCAGAAAUCGUCACGUCCAGUCUCAUUGUACGGCCCCGCCAACUCUACGAUAUAUCUAAUCUUAGCAUACCGUUAUUACCGGUGCCAAAUUCCACAAAGUUGUUCCGAGAACUCAUAUCCACAGCCUUUGAUGUAGCUCAACGCGACAAAGUCUCCAAUGUGGAAGAGUAUACGCUUUCGAGCCAAUUCAUCCAAGCUUUCUUGGAAGAGCGACCAGAUCUAUACAAGACAUUCGCCCACAUGUUUUCAUUCCAAUGGUAUCGCUGCGCUCAAUUCGUGGAAUACGAGCUAGUUGAGCUACUGAUCACGGUGACUCAUUUACCAUGGACUCCUCGGGUCGACUUUGAUGUAAAACAGCUACUUCAUGAUGGGACCAACCCGGAUUUUAUUACAACCAUGUAUGAUCGGCCUGACGUUUAUAGGCAUGCUUUUCGUUUUAUGGCCAGCAUUGCUGUAUGCAGCAAGGAUUGGCGUGUGAUGCAAAUACUCCAAGGCUUCCACAGCCUCCUGUUCACUACAGUUGCCCCCGAGACGAUGGAUAAAGACGAGAUGCAAAUGGUAUUCCCACCCUGUUCCAAACCAUCUCAAAUUGCCCUAUACUUUCCCUCGGAGCUUCAGAUUUUAUUUGAACCACCAUCCGUCACAUUUGACGAAUUGAAUCAAAGGAUAGAGCAAUGUUUGUUCGCGUGUCGCGAAGCUUAUCCAGAUGUGAGAAACCAAAUCUGGCUUAUACUCAUGAUGUCUACUUCUCUGCUGCGAGCUACUACAGCUCAAAUUAUAAAUGGGGAGGACGGUCAAGAGAGCCUCUCAGCCAUUCGCCUACUAAGCUGGUUAUGCUGUCCUUCGGAUGAUGAAAGACUGGAUCAAACAGAAAGUGGCAUUUUGUCUUGGAUAAAGGUGGUGAAAGAUGGCAAGGCGGCGGACCUGAGGCAAAUGGCAGAGUGCUUCGCAAAUGCUAAAGAAAAUGUAUUUAAUGGUAACCUUAAUUGUUGGUAUCACUGCCUCUUUUGGAUCCUCUUACCUCACAAACUGGAAGAUAUCUACAACUGCAUUUUGUGCAUCGUUACUGGCGAUCUCCCACUCAUCCAGCUCGCCAUCUGGCAUCUUGGCUCAGACCACUGUCCUCUCCCUGAAUCCAUCGCCUCGGUACUCAUCGAACGCCUAAUGCAGAGUAACCUUCCUUCGCUGUAAAAUAUUGAACUGAAUAGAAUAAACAUGUCUAUGGAUGAUGUUGGAUUUCUC